CAUCUAUUUCAGAAUCAUCCAGGAGCCAGCCAUUUGGGUUUGGGAAUCCAUUCCAAUCCGGUUCGGUCCCCCCAGUUUCGACAAUCGACAUCCGUCUGGAAGGCCAUGCGCUGCCAUUAACCCAAACACACUAGAUCGGAUAGCAGCCGUUAUUUUUAUGGAUAUAACCGGGUGAUUUCGAAGACAUAAGGAUACUAAAAACAUCAAGGUGUGGGUUCUGACCUCCAGGUCUCGGCUGUGUUCUGCUCUUUCUUUAAUAAGCGGUAUCUGGUUUGGUCAGUAUGCAGGGCUGGGUGAUUCUGGCUCUGUUGCUGAGCCUCGGGGUCUUACGCUCUCAAGCGCAGAAUGGUCUGGGUGAACUUCCUGUGCCCCAUGGUUUAACACUACAGCCUGAUUUACCUGCACAGACUCUUACAUUGACAUGGCAGAGUGACUCAUCGCUUUUUGACAUCGAGAUUUUCCACACCGAGUUCAUGAAUGUGGUGUUAAAUGAGACGGUGGCAGUUAAAGCAGAUCCUGUAACAGGACAGCGUGUUUGGAUCUGGCACUCGUCGUUACCCUUGGAGUGCACUUCUCAUUCAGUGCAAAUCAGAGCACGAAACCAGCAGUCGGUCAGCCAGUGGAGCCCCCCUCAGACCAUUCCAGGGUCGGAUAUUCCUGAGAAGUCUGAUUCUUACAUGUAUCCCCAGGAUAAGGUGGUUCCUGUGGGCAGUAACAUGACCUUCUGCUGUAUUGUUAAGGAGAAGGUUGAUUUCAAAGAUAUCAUGUACAUGGGUCAGCAGAUGAGCGCCACACGUCUGAGCAGAAGAACUUAUGCCAUCACAGUAACCAACCAGCCAGCAUCUGGCAACACGGGCACCAACGUGGUCUGCUGUUCCCCAGUGUUUACCCUCACAGGAGCUGUGGUGUUUGUAGGCUAUCCGCCGGGAGAUGAAGGGUUGGUCUGCGAGACGCGGGACCUGGCAUCCGCAAAAUGUUCUUGGAGGAAAGGACGUGACACUCACUUGAAAAGAAAGAUCAACCGCACUAACUACACCCUUAAUGGAAGGGACUGUUUGGUGACUAAUGAUGGGAAUACCUCUUGGUGUAGUUCGAAGGUCUGGGAGGACAACUGGACUCUGGUGGCUCGAAAUACUCUUGGAACAGUUCGGCUUACUGACUCCGCCCAACUCACUGACCGCGUACAUCUGUUGGCUCCAGCAAAUGUGACAGCGGUCAAAGUCAAGGCGUGGAACGCCACACUGCAGUGGAGUUGGCCUGUGGCGGCGUAUAAAAAGCUGGAGAUGGUCUGCCAGCUGCAGCUCAUCGGCCAUGAACUUUCCAGAACACGUAACUACAGUGAAACAGGUCUGACAUCUGUGAUGCUGGAGGGCUUGUGGCCAGAUGUGGACUUCACUGUGACUGUGCGAUGCGGGUCUAAGCAUGGUUUCUGGAAGUGGGGGGAUGAGAGCGCCCCCUACAGGAUCCACACAAAAAUGGACCGUCCUGAUGCUCUUGAUGUCUGGGUCUGGAUGAACAGCAGUAACACAGGACUUGUUCUUUGGAAACCGCUGUCUGUGAGAAAAAGUCACGGUGCAUUAGUCGGCUACAAGGUUUCUCAGAGCUCAGCAGAGGAAGAUGGGUGGACGACAGUUUCUCUUCCUCCUGAGAGAUUUAACUAUCCCAUCAUCCUUAACAACAGCAGUGACAUCACCGUUGCCGUGGCAGCACAAAACCCAGCUGGUCUCUCUCAGCCUUCCACUGUGACCACACCAGCAUACAGAGCAGAUUCCCCGCUGUCUGCGUCUAAACUGCUUGGCACAAAUGGAACAUUUAACCUCUCCUGGCAGCCAAAUGCCAGUGCAAGCAGAGGGUAUGUGGUGGAGUGGGUCCCGACCAGCUGCAGUGGGCUGUGCCCUGUUAACUGGGAGAAAGUUCCAGAAAAAGAAAGCAGCUUCACUGUGAAGCCAGACUCUCUGGAGGAAGGAGUGAGGUACACCAUAUCCGUGUAUGUUCUCUCAACCGGCGCUGCAACGCUUCUGCAGAGAUGGCAGGGAUACUCACAGGAAAUGAUUCCUGCACAGUCAGUUGAUUUAUCAGCCAAUCAAACUGGCUCGGAUGUGCUGUUGUCUUGGAAAGCCACCGCGAUGGAACACCAACGAGGAUUCAUACGUGGAUACACCAUCUACCUGGCAAAUGCUGCACGUCUGGAUCUUGUUGCUAACAUCACUGAUCCUGAGGUGCGGUCAUACAGGGUGAAGGGUUUGUCUCUGAGCUCGUAUAAGUUCAUAGUGAAGGCCUACACUUCAGCUGGGGAAGACAUGGGGACGACUGUUACCAUUAAAAUUGAGAUGGACACAGCCGACAUGUUGUUUGUUGGGAUUCUUGUGCCGUUGGCAGCCAUGUUCUGCUGUCUCAUCCUCAUCAGCAUCUGCUGCUACAAGAAGAGAGAGUGGGUAAAGAAAGCUUUCUAUCCUGAAAUUCCUGGACCGAAAGUACCUGGAGACUGGUCGUCCCCACAGGGUCCUCUGGAUGUGAAGCCCUCUCCUCACAGUCUGGUCCACAUUGUGGAGAGUCCAGAGUGGGAUUUCUGUAAGAAGGGUCUGGUCCCGGUACCAGAGGAAGAGGAGGAGUUUGAGAAUGACAACAUCGAGGUAGACACAGACUCCGAUGAACCGGCCCUCCUGAGAUAUUACAAUCAGGUUGUCGGUGACGGCUCCCACAGUAACCACGUUUCAGACUCCUCCGGUUCCUCAACCGCCUCAGUGGGCUCCACACAGACUGAAAUCACCUACGCGGGCAUCCAGAGCCCAACCUCUUCACAGGGGGCGUCUGGCGGCGGAGGUUACAGGCCUCAAAUGCAGUCCGCCGUGGAUCCAGCCGAGCCGCAAGAUGAAUUCGAUGCUGACUUCCAAGACGAUGGCUUGAAUACAGGCUAUAAACCUCAGUGUUCCUGGCAGCUGGAUUCUCCAGAGGCGGAAAACUUUAGUGGUUCCCUUGGCAGCCCUACGUCGGUCACAUCAUCCCAGUUCCUUAUUCCAGAAUCCUCUGAGGAGAAACCACAGUCUUCCAGCACCUGGUUCCACAGUUUUCUCUCCGGAAAAUCCUGAGAACGCACUACUUCACAUAUGUUUUCACGUUAGUUUGUGCCAUUCACCUUUUAUGAGGAUGUUUUCGGUUCAUUUUAGGCUUUGUGCCCUUACUGGAAAUCGAUCACAAUUGCAUAAUCAACAUCACUACUGUUUCUCAAGGACUUGUGUUACUGGCCAGAGAGGUGAAGUACUACUGAAGAGCUGAAGGUGGCCGUAUCUUCUUCUGCUCGCUCGGAGCAUAAUGACGUUUACCCCUAGGAACGCCACUUUUGUUCAUACAACAGUGUUCGUGCCUCUUUCUGCAGCGUUUUUGUAGUGAUCGCAGUAAAUCUACACCCUUAUGGCAAUAUAUUGUGCCCAACAUUUCACUGCUCUUUUUUCAUUCUUAAUUUAACGGUUUUGUAGCAGUCAAAUGUAGGAGAUCCUGUAAAACAUGCUGAUUUGCAUUUCAGAAGAUCAAAACCAAUGCAUUGAGGGUUUGUACUCAAAGUCUGCGCCAUUUUCAGGUGAUUUUAAAAAUUAUUAUGUAGCCUCAAGCAACUUUUUCUCCAGUCUCGGUGUAAAUGUAAACGGAUACGUUCACGUUGAAUAAGCUGACAGAACAAAAGGAAAAGCAGAAUGGGGAAACGUGCAUCUCGGGUUUUGCUUAAACCCUUUAUGACAUUUCCCUGUUUAAGAAACACAGUUGUUGAAGUGUUGACAUGAUCUUUCGUUUCCGGCUUCAUCUGUGUAAAAUGAAUGUAAACACACUCAGUGUUACUUAAGGAUGUUAUGCAGCUAGUUUUGUGUAUUUUUGUUUAGAGGUUGAUGCUCAAUCAGUAUCAUAUUGAAACAUACAUUCGGCUAGGGCUUCACAAUUCGGAGAGGGGUGGGUUAAAGAAAAAUUGUGAUUGCGAUUUUUAAAAUGUGAUUUAAAAAAAAAAAAUCCAGAUUUGCUGUGCUUGUUUGUAGGGCUGCACAAUUUGGCCAUACAUUUUGUAAUUGUAUAGCAAUGUGACUAAUAAUAGUAUUCGUUUUAUUGAAUAAUAAUAAUAAUAAAUAAUAACUAUUAUUAUUACUGCUACUACUAAUACUACUAAAUAAAAUAAGAAAUUUUACUAUUGUAAUAUUUCACGGUAAAAUAAAAACAUCAAUUAAGAUUAUAAUAAUUUUAGAAUUGUUUUAUUUUAGAGUACAACUGUAAAAUUACAAUACUAAUAGUUAUGGCUGUCUUAAGUUCUUUAUUUUCAAACUUUAAACCAACAACCUUUUAUUUUGGUGGAAAACCACAUGGUCAGCCUUUGCAAUUUGAUAAUCACACUAGGCCAUAUUUGGUUUACUUUCGAUUAAUAUUGCAGCCCUAUUCUCUAAAAAUGGUCUAACAUGGCUGUUGGUCUAAUAAUCCAGAUUGCAGGAUAUAGUCCGUGUUUUCUAGUCUUUUCAUUUUUGCUUUCCAAAGGUCAGUAACAUUUUAAAUUGGCAUUAUCCGUACAAUAUGUGAAGCACCCUUUCAGUUUUAUGAAUGCGUCUUUGUAUUUCACACCUAAAAGUCCUUGAAUAUGGGACUCUCUUCAACUCUCACACAUGCAUAGCACCACCCAGUAUAAACUCAACUAAGUGUUAUCGUAUGUCUAGUCCUAGAUGCGUCUGUCCAGGAUGCUUGUAUGUGUACCCCUGCUUGUUUCCAUAGUUUAUCAUGGGGUUUUAAAUGACCACAGUGCCUCGGGAGCUUAGUUAUAUUAUAUCCAAAGAACAGCACCUUCUCUCAGAGCAGUUUCCCCAUCAUUAGGAUGGACCACAGGGUAAAUCACUUCAACUGGCCUUACCGACAUCAGAGGAACCUGUUAUUCUAACAUACAGAUAUAUGGGAGCUAUGUGUUUAACGUUACUGUGAAGGCCUUUUCCUGAGCACUGUGCAUAUCGCUAGUCCUCCAAAUUCUUGUGCAGCAGUCAGAACAACAGAUACGUCGCUUUAGGACAACAUGAUGUCGCUACACUGAGCCUGAAUGGUAAAAGUCGACAUGAAAUCAAAAGCGACCCUGUUUACUUUAUUAAUACACAUUCCUGUGUGCUGUUGUGACUUUUUUUUUUUUUCAAAUUUUAAUAAGGUUGCUCCACCUCUGAAACUAACCUGUUCUUGUUAAACAAUAGUUUAAUUCAUGUCUGGUUCUAUUCUUCCAUGAAAUACCCACUUUCACCAUCUAAUCGAUGUCUGAUAGAUAAAAUCAAGCCCCACCUUACAUUUUUUUGCAUGUUGAAUAUCUUGUUUUCCUCUGGGACAUCAUAGAAUGGAAGUAAAAUGGGUUGCGAUGCAAUUUCUUGUCGACUUUGAAGAGCAUCAGAUAGCAGUCAUUACACUCCUAAUGUGGCAUGUGAUUGAAAGGGCAUUAGAUGAACGUCAUUAGGAGAAAGAUUAUGAAAUAUUAUGGGAUAGGUCAGCAUCUACUGUUGCUCAAGCUUUAAACACUACUGUGAAAGAUUUUAUGUUGGAAUAAGUAGUUACUAAUAUGUCAUUUUUGCAGUUCUACGUAGAUAUCUUUUAAAGAAGCCUACUAAUGUUUAUUUUUUUAUUUGCUUGUAUGAAUGUGAAAUGCACAAAUGUCAUUAUCUAUGUAAUGUUUUUUUUAAACUGUUAUAGAAUAUGCAUAGAAAGCCUUAGUUGUGGAUUUUAUAGCCCAGAUGAGCUUUAUUAGUGUGUCAUUAAAUGAUCUAAUGAUAAAUAUGCUGUCAAAAUCAUCUCAAAGGCUACACUACAGGGAGAAAGUGAGAGAAAUCUGAUAUAUAUCAGAUUUGAGCAACUUCGAUAUGUGAUCAAGAUGAGAUCACAAUGGGAUGUCACUACAAGCAUGAGGCGUUAAUGUAAAUAUCAUGUUAACACUAAUGUAAAUAAGCUUUUCUCUUGAGCAUGAACAUCAUCACAUUGGGAAUAUUGUACCAAUUAAUAUUUACUAAUUAAUAUUACAAUGUUGUUGCCUUUGCAUGCAUGACCGAUUCCACAUUCAGUGUUCAGAGAGGGGAAAGAUAAACUUUGAAUGAGAAAUAUGGAAUAAUAUCAUUAGAAACACUAUAUAAGUGUGUGUAAACACGUACUUGUAAGAAAAAAUAAGGUUGUAUCCAGACGUCUGAGCUCUUUAUACUCUGCUAAUACACUAAUAUUGUGCACUCUGUAUUAUUAUAGACAAUAAAUCCAGAUAAACCACA